AUAAUUUGUUUUAAUUAUCAGAAGGAGCUUGACAACACAACUCUUUCUCCGUGACCGACUGUGGAUUUGGAAAUUGAAAACGUGUUUUUGUCAGGAGCGGUGUAGGAACUAUAUUUAUUAAAAAUGGGUCCCAAAUCAAAGAAAGGCGCAUCUGAGAAGCCGAAAGCAGCAGCAGCUGCUGCUGCAAAGCCAGCAAAAACAGAAAAACCAAAAGAAACGAAAAAAGAAAAUGUGCCUCCUCCCGCUAAAGCUGCAGCAACACCAGCAGGCAAAGCUGAAAAGGUGGCACCUAAAGGUAAAGGUAAAUUGAGCACUGCCCAAGCUAAAGCAAAAGCUCUAGCAGCUAAGAAGAAGGUAGUAAAAGGGGCCCAUGGAACCAGAGUAAGGAAAAUUAGAACUACUGUUCAGUUUAGACGCCCAAGAACUCUUACAUUGAUGAGAAAUCCUAAAUAUCCUAGGAAAAGCUGUCCCAGGAGACCUCGAUUUGAUCAAUGGUCUACCAUCAAGCAUCCUCUUACUACUGAAUCUGCUAUGAAGAAAAUUGAAGACAAUAAUACAUUGGUAUUCAUUGUCCACAAGAGAGCAAACAAGCCUCAAAUUAGAAAUGCUGUUAAGAAGUUGUAUAACAUCGAUGUUCAAAAAGUGAAUACUCUUAUCAGACCUGAUGGGCAAAAGAAGGCAUACGUGAAACUAGCUCCAGAUUAUGAUGCAUUGGAUGUUGCCAACAAAAUUGGAAUUAUAUAAAUGCAUCAGUUUGUAUCAAAUUCUUAAAUAAAAUAAAAAAAAUCCCAAGAAA